AUGCACAGUGUAUCCAAUAUUUUUGGUAUAAGCUGCUACUUUGAAACUAGAAUCGCAUGGUUGGAUGGUAACAAAUUCGUUGAAACUGAAAAACUUGAAGAAUUGUCAAGUAUGCCCAUAUCAAAAUUAAAUUCACUAUUCCUUAAUCAAACUCAAGUUCCAUUAAGACUCAAACUGGAUGAUACAAAUAAAUCAGUUUCAUGUCAUCAAUUCUGUAAAACCAAUAAUAUUAGUAGAUUCUUAUUUGUAUCACCAAAAAUAACUUACACUGAUCGUACCUCAAAUAUCAAUUUUUUUUAUUUUAUUUUUUCAAAAAUUUAA